AUGCCAAUAAUCCUGGUUCUGCCAACCACAGAUCUGUUGCCGAUUGAGGCCAAUGCGUGUUUUUAUAAAUGUCCUCUAUUUCGUAUACCAAAUAUUGGCGGUCAGACACCAAAAUACGAAAAAAUUGCUAAUUAUGUGACUUUUGUGCCUUUGGGCAUUGGUGGUGCCGAAGAAGUCACCAAAUGGAUUUUGAGACGGGCGAAUCUGAUUACCAAAAAUGGAUAUUCUUAUGAAAAACAUACAGUACAGACUCCAGAUGGAUAUUUGUUGAAUGUUUAUAGGAUUCCAAAUCCUGGGAAACCGGCUGUAUUCCUGAUGCAUGGGGUUUUGGCAAGUUCUGCCGAUUGGGUUGUUCUUGGUAAAGAUAAAGCUUUAGGUUUUCUGCUCCACGAUGCAGGAUUUGAUGUCUGGCUAGGAAAUGCAAGAGGAAACACCAAUUCCAGGCGUCACAUCAGCAUUUCACCAGACGAACCACGAUUUUGGAACUUCAGUUGGCACGAAAUCGGUGUAAUAGAUCUUCCUGCCAUGAUAGAUCAUGUCUUGAAUGUUACCAAACAGACGUCUUUGCAUUAUGCAGGCCAUUCGCAGGGUACCACUUCAUUUUUUGUAAUGUUGUCUGAAAGACCAGAAUACAAUUCCAAAAUUAGCUGCAUGCACGCCUUGGCACCAAUUGCCUUCAUGGGCAGACUGAAAAAUAUAUUAUUAAGAUUUGCAGCUGGUCAACUGAAAGAAAUCACAGAGCUCGUUUUUAGUUUAGGCUUGUAUGAACUAUUGCCAAAUAACCCUGUAGUAGUUGCUUUGUCCAAAAUUCUCUGUACGACUGCAAAACAAAACCAUGAGGCACUUUGUGCAAAUUUUUUGUUUUUAAUAGGAGGAUAUAGUAUGAAGCAAAUGAAUGCGAGUUAUAUACCAGAGGUGGUGGACAUUAUUCCAGCUGGUGCAUCCGCCAGACAGUUAGUGCAUUAUGCCCAAGAGAUUUUAUCAAGUAGGUUUUGCCAAUACGACCAUGGUGAGGAACUCAAUUUAGAGAAAUAUGGCCAAAAAGAACCUCCUGAUUAUAAAAUAAGUAACAUCAGGGCACCAGUUAUCCUCCAUUAUAGCGAUAACGAUUUGUUGUCUCAUCCUGUAGAUGUGAAACAACUUGCCAAUGGUUUGGGAUCAAGACCAACAAUGAUGUUGGUGAAAGAUCCCAUGUUCAAUCACUUUGACUACACUUGGGGAAAAUAUGUUCAUCAAUUGGUCUACAAGAAUGUCAUCAGUAUAAUGAAGAAGUUUUUAAAAAAAUGA